ACCGCACUGUUAUAUUCCCCACAGCGGCACACGGAGCGUCAAAGCCGCAGCUUCCUCUCACUAAGCAGCUCCGGGAAAAAAAUCCCCUACAGAGCUGCAACAUGCCUCCACGAUGCCUGCUGGUCGUUUUUCUCUUCGGGAUUGUCUCCAAAGUACAAAUGACAACGGAGCCUCCUACUGCUACUGAUGGUCACAACAUAACCACAACUUUCCUUACCAAAGUAGUAGGAAAUGCAACUACUGAACACAACACAAGAGAAACAACUGGAACUUCAUCAAUUUCUCUGGCGAUAACCAUGGCAGAUACAGUCACAGGGAACAGUACUGACACGAUCACCACAGCACACCUUGCAGAACCCCCAACGGCUUCAGUCACUGUUGAAACCACCCCAACAACAACAGCAGAGACAAAUAGUUCACCUUCUAAUGAGAUUACAAAUGGAACUGCUUCAUCUCCACAGACCUACAUCACAACCACUGGCACGUCGACGGCACCCAUACAGAACACGUCAACAAACGCACUGACCACCUCAACACGCAAUAAUAUGACCACCAGAACUUCAGACAGCUCAACAAGAUACAACGCAACAGAACCUGUGACCACCCCUUUAGGCAACAACACAACUACAGAUGUCCAGAUCACAUCAACAAGCAACAACAUGACUACACAACAUGAGACUACAAUAGCUCCGACUACAGCAAUGGGCAACAACACGACUGCACAUACUGCACAAGCUACAGUGAUUACAGUGACAAACAGCAACAUGACUACACAACAUGAGACUACAAUAGCUCCGACUACAGCAAAGGGCAACAACACGACUGCACACACUACAAUAGCUCCGACUACAGCAAUGGGCAACAACACGACUGCACACACUGCACAGGCUACAGUGAUUACAGCAACAAACAGCAACAUGACUACACAAGUUCAAAUUACAGUGUCAAACAGCAACACAACUGCAGCUGUUUCAACCACAAUGUCAGGCAUCAACACAACUACAGUUGACCUGACCACAGUGACAAACAACAAUGUAACUACAAUGGUUACAAUUACACCGACAAGCGCUGCCAUGACUACAAAUGCGUCGAUUGGACCAACAGUCAACCACACAACUGCAAGUACAACAAAUACACCACUUGACAAUAAUACAGCAAUGACAACUACAAACAACCACACCACCGAAAAUGUGCCAACUACAACUAAUGGAAACACUGCCGGCACAUUUGUCACAGUCACAAACAAUGCCACAGCCACUACAAGUAACAAUGUGACUGUAAGUCCACAAAUCACAUCUAUCACUCACUUCCCAACUACGGAUACCUCAAACAAUCAUACAGCCACUACAUCAGUUACAGAGAUGGGAAACACCACAACUUUAAUCACCAGCACCCCACAUUCCAGCAACAUGACAACAACUAUGAACUCAGCUACCACAGAGCAAGCUAGUACAACACUAGCAAGCUCUGCUGGAACUUCUGAGACUCCUGCAUCAACCGUCAUACCCUUUACUUCGACUGACACCAAAAACAUAACAGACUCUUCACCCACCAGCACCCCUCCUCCUACCAGCAACUUCCCAGGCAGUAGCAACACUCCCUCAACCGGCAAUGCCACCACCCUUAGUUCUUCACCAGCAACCUCAGCAGAGUCCAGUGUUACUAUGGGAGAAACCACUACUACCCCUCCUUUACCGACAAAUUCACCCAGCGACACCACUGAGACCCUGAACACCAGCACCCCUACCUCCACCGGUGGAACCACUGAGAUUUUCACCACUUUUCGGACAACAGGGGGAAUCACCAGCAGCUCUCCCACAAAGGCUCCAACCACUCCCAGUCCUGUAAUCGUGUGUCCCUCUGUCCCGUGUCCUGUUGAAAGCGUCUGCCUCAACCGCACUUGCCAGUGUCUUUCUGGCAACUACCUACUCAAUGGACGUUGUGUUCCUGCGCAAGUAUUUCCAGGCAGGCUUCAUUUCCAGUCGUUAACAUUUGAAGAUCAAAUGAGAGACAGGUCCUCCAGGAUCUUUCAGGAGACAGCAGCAAAAAUCUCAGCAGCACUCAGAGACGUCCUGAAAAGUCAGCCUGGAUAUAGACGAUCAGAGGUUGUUCAACUUGAACCUGGUAGUGUGAUAGCGAGCGUAAAUAAUAUAUUUGAAGACAGCCCUGCCACUCAAGAAUCUGUUGAUCAGAUCAUUGAAAAGGCUGUAAAAAACCCUCAAGGACCUCUGAGCAAUGCCACAUACACAGGAACCAAUCUGUGUCAGGUGGAGCCGCUACCUUGUGAUGUCUCAAGCACAAAAUGCACAAAUGUAAACGGCCAAGCUUCUUGCGCCUGUAAAGACGGUUACAUCUCCAUGAUCUACUCCAAGACCAGCUGCAAAGCUUGUCCAAGUGGGCAGCAGGCAGUACGGGAUAAGUGUGUGACAUGUCCAUUUGGGUAUGCUGGCUUCAACUGCAACGACUCGUCCCUGCUUGCAGUGGUGGUCAUCUCCUGCGUGUUAGGAGGAGUUCUCCUCAUCCUUGUCCUGGCUUUGCUGGGUUACUGCUGCUGGAGGAGGUGCUCAAGGACCAACCCUGACCACAACAUCAGUCCGUACUCUGAUGAGUUAAACAAGUCAUGGCCUGCUGGCAUCACCCCAAUCCCGCGUGCCACCACGCACUGGGAACCAGCUGGUUCCAUAGAGAUGACAGAAGGGGGCAGCACCAACACGCUGGUGGACAAAAAGCUAGAGAGCAAUGGCUUUGGAUCACAGCUGAAGCAGAAAAGAUGGAAAAAGUCAGGAUCGUACGAUCUGAAUCCAGAGGAGAUGAAGACCUUCAAAGGUAAAAACACGUCCCGUUACUCAUAUCUGGUCGAAGGGCACGAGAACCCUUACUUCCUUCCUGGUGAUGAGAAGAGAAACUCCACAAAGAAAUGAUGAUCAAACUCUCUGGGACAACUGGAAAACUUUUUGAGUAGGAAGAGUGUUUUUUAUAAACACUCUUCCAUCCUGAACCUGCUUGGAUAAACGAAGAACUGUACUGAAAAAACUGCAACCAAAGGGAUUCAAGUUGAGAUGUUUUUAUUAUGUUAUUUUUUUUGUAAAUGUGUGAAUCAUGUCUGCUUUUAAGAAGUCUAGCUAGUAGUUGUCAACUUCACUCAUUAAUAUCAAUGCAGUACUCUCUUUUCACCCUGUUUUUUUUAUAUAUAAUCAUGCCUCCUUUGCUGAUUGCACGAAAGUUUACCUCUACUUUGAUCAUUUUGAAGGUGAAUUGAAUGCUGGUUUUAUAAAGUUACUGUAGCUAAUCUUCAGAAUGGGAUGAUCACUUUAUAGAGAAACAAAUCUUGUACGACUAAAAGGGCUGGAUCCCUGGUUUGAAUUGUUUUUAAAAUGUUGUAGCAGUCUAAUGCUGAGAGUAUUGCAGAAUGUGCCUGGUUUAGUCGUCCGUUUUACAAAUAGGAAACAUUAUGCAACGCUGGUGAUAAAGCCUGUCUCCUGGAUGUGCCAAUUAUCACUUGUAUACUUUUUUGGGGGGAAAAUCUAUAUUAAUAUAUUUAUCUUUAUGUAGCAUACACUGUUUUAUAAGUGAAAUUUUGUUUUGUAAAUAUUUUAAAAUUGAUUGAGAGUGUGUGUGAGAGUGUGUGUGUAUGCGUGGGCUGACUGGUGAAAUAAAAUAAUUUAAACACUUGAAAUGUGUG